GCGAUGCAAAGCCAGUCAGACCAAGCCAGCGCUUCAGCUCAGUCGCGCGCCUGAGGCGUCAGCGAUCACUGUGAUGCAAUGGACAGCCUGUCUCACGAGCAGGCCCGGGUCCAGACGGGAGAUCGACCCAUAGAUGUGCCGUCGAUAGACGCAAGCAGCCCACCAGCUCCGUCCGCAUCACACUUGCUGCCCGCCCCUCCAAAUGCAGUCUCACUCGCACCCGUGGCGGGCAGGGCGGCAGGUGCAAGGCCAGAGAUCUCCAAUGUUGCUGCAGCGGGCACCGUCACCCCUUCAGGCUCCGAGACUGCGCCAAUGUCUGCUAAAAGCAAUCUCUCGACUCUGUCUUCGGGUGCAGGUAUGCAAGUGCUCGCCUCAAUGAAGCUGGCCCAGGCUGCAGCGAGCUCAACGAAGCUCUCGGGGACCUCGUCUGGCAGUCCCCAAGAAGAGAAGACCCUCAAAAGACUGGAGGUCGCGUUCACCGAGAAAGCGAUCGAGCCAGCGCCUGUCCAGCACAAGCUCAUCCUAGAAAAGUAUGUACUGUACGAAACCAAGAUGCACUUCUACCUCGUCGCCACCAACCAGUCUGACACGCGCUAUCGCGUCCUCAAGAUCGAUCGCCGUUUUGACGCCAGCCGGGUUGAUCUGCAAGAAGACGAUGUGAUCUACACCGAGCAAGAGAAAGACAGUCUCCUGCGCUCCUUGGAAGAAGGUAACAAGAAUGCUGGCGGGCUACACCGCCUGCCGACCCCGUACUAUGGCAUCGUUGGCUUCAUCCGCUUCACUGCUGGUUGGUACCUUGUGCUCGUCAAGAAACGCUCGGCCGUUGCCUUGCUGGGCGGUCACUACAUCUACCACUGCGAUGACACGUCCACUGUGUCUAUAUCACCUGCCGUCAAACCUGACAGACCGAGUGAGGAGCAACGCUUGCUCAACAUAUUUCAACAGGUCGAUCUCUCGAAGAAUUUCUACUUUUCGUAUACCUAUGAUGUCACAAACAUGCUACAGGUCAACAUGACCAUGCCUGCCCAUCGAGCCUGUCGAGAGGAUGACGUGCCCGCGACGGCUUGGGGCUACAACGACAAAUUCAUCUGGAACCGAUUCUUGCUCGAGGGUGGCUUCUCGAACCGAUUCGAGAGGUCGCACUGGGUCUUGCCGCUGCUUUACGGCUUCAUCGAUCAGGCCAAAGUCUCCAUAUUUGGCCAGAAUGUGUUCAUCACUCUCUUCGCGCGACGAUCGCGGCACUUUGCGGGCGCACGCUUCCUCAAACGUGGCGUUAACGAAGACGGCUAUGUUGCAAACGACGUCGAGACUGAGCAGAUCGUGUCAAAGCUGUCGACGACGCCCUUCUUCACCGUCACGAAAGAGAUCGAGCCCGCCACAGGCCGCAUUACCUACCUACGCAAGGCGAGUCCAGACUAUACCAGCUGGGUACAGCAUAGAGGCAGCAUACCUUUAUCCUGGAGUCAGGAAACGACUGGCAUGACGCCGAGACCGCCCAUCGACAUCAACAUCAUCGAUCCCUACUUUGUGGCCGGUGCAAAGCACUUCAAUGAUCUCAUGUCGCGAUACAGCGCCCCCAUCAUCGUGCUCAGCUUGAUCAAAGGCGGUCGUCAUCGCGAGGCGAAGCUCGCACCCGAAUUCUCCGAGUGCAUUCGCUACCUCAAUCAAUUCCUGCCUGCCGGAAAAUGUAUAGAGUAUGUUCCCUUUGACAUGGCAGGCUCGCACAAACGUCCCGGCAUCGACAGCCUGAGCGUCCUCGAAGAUAUUGCCGAAGAAGCGCUUGAGAAGACGCAGUUCUUCCAUAGCGGAGGGGAGCCCAUCGCGUACGCAUACAGCAACGACGAAGAUGCGCCGACCUAUCGACCUGUACCGCUCAUGCAGACAGGCAUCUGUCGGACCAAUUGCAUCGAUUGCCUCGAUCGUACGAAUGCCUGCCAGUUCAUCUUGGGCCGGUCGGUUUUGGGCCACCAACUGCGCGCAUUGGGCGUAUACAAAGGCACGACGCUCGAAUUCGAUUCUGAUGCGACGAACUUGCUCACGGAAAUGUAUCACGACCACGGCGACACGCUUGCACUGCAGUACGGUGGCUCUCAUCUCGUCAACACGAUGGAGACCUAUCGCAAGAUCAAUCAGUGGUCCAGCCACAGCCGUGAUAUGAUAGAAGGACUCAAGCGGUACUACUCCAAUUCCUUUGUCGAUGCCGACAAGCAGACCGCGAUCAAUCUCUUCCUUGGGAUUGACACGCAAGUCUUGCUUCGUCUCGCACAUAGAAACAAAGGUCUUCGCAAAUCGUAUCAGCAAUGGUUCGACAGACGUUUCGUCGACGGCAGCACUCGCGAAGCGGCUCUAUCACGUCUACUUGACCAGUCUUUGAGAGACGACAUAGAUUAUUGGAUCGAGUACUACCGACCCAAGGUCGUUACCUUUGUACAGCGCCAUUUCGCCUACAAAGUCAACAGCACGCUCAAGUAUUCGCCUUCUGCGCGGUUCUCGGGCGAUCAGCUCGACGAGUCGCCAUUCACAAAGCGAAAGAAUAUUGAGCAGCCCCACAUCAAAGCGCUCGGAGGGACGCGCCAGUGGAUGAGUACAGCAUCUCGAGACAAUGUCAAUGACAAACGCAAGUCUCGCGGCGGCAAAGGCGAGCUGGGCGACACAGAAGCUGAGCCGAUGCGCGUUCUCCCUCCAGCAAGCACGACAGAAGGCCUCGCGCUGCGCUUGUUGGCCCCUGUCGUCGAGCCGCAAGAGGGCGACGAAUACGAAAGAUACGUACACCAGUUCGCGCAUCUUUCUCUCUCGCAAGACUUACAGCGCAGCCAAGAUCUCUCAGUCUACCGACGAGCCUGUCAGAUCUCAAAAGGCGUCGAGUCUGCCUUUGAGACGCAGUAUGAUGUAUACAAGGCUUCGACCUCUGUUGUCGUAAUCUGAUAUGUUUGAGGUGUCCCGCAGUUCCGCCGCACAUCUGACAC